AUGAUCCGGCUCUCCGCGCUCUUCCGCCUGCCGUCCAAGGUGAAGCGCCGCGCCCGGCGGAACAGGAUGGCCACGCUGCUCUACCUGGUGCUGCUGGCCGUGCUGCUGCUGGCGCCCUUCUACGCAAUCUACCGCCCGCCGCGCCUCCUGAUCCGCUACUUCCAGCACCGGUGGCCCGACGUGCUGUGGGAGGUGUCCGUCCCGGCCGGCCACCCGCACCCGCCGGGCGCCGGCAAGGUCAUCGCGCUGACCAUCGACGACGCCCCCUCCGAGUACACGCGCGAGAUCCUGCAGCUGCUCAGGGACAACGACGCCCGCGCCACCAUGUUCGUUAUCGGCGGGCAGGUCGAGGGCCGCGAGGAGGUCCUGCGCGAGGUCGUCGCCGCCGGCAACGAGCUGGGCAACCACGCCAUGCAUGACGAGGCCGCCCGCGCCCUCGACCUCGACACCCUCGAGGACCAGAUCGGCCGCGUCCAGGGCCUGAUCCGCCAGGCCUACGCCGACGCCGCGUCCGGAGGGCCCCAGCACCAGUACUUCCGCCCCGGCAGCGGCCUGUUCAGCACCGACAUGCGCGCCAUGGUCUCGCGCCUGGGCUACCGCCUCGUCCUGGGCAGCAUAUACCCCCACGACCCGCAGAUCCCCCACUGGCGCCUGAACGCCUGGCACAUCCUCAGCAUGGCCCGGAGCGGCGGCAUCAUCGUCUGCCACGACCGGAGGAGCUGGACCAUCCCCAUGCUGAGGCACGUGCUGCCCGAGCUGAGGCGCCGCGGCUACAGGGUCGUCACCGUCUCGGAGCUGCUCGAGGCAGCGGGCAAGUGA